UUCCUCAUCAUCAUCUCCCUUUUCUUGUGUCUGCUUAAUUACACUCCAUUCAUUUGCAUUUGUUUAAGGGUUUCUCUCCCUUUAGAAAUGGAAAUGGAAACAGAAGUUCCUUGCGAUGAAUUCAUUUUCCGUUCCAAGCUACCAGACAUUCACAUCCCAACCCACCUUCCUUUGCACUCUUACUGUUUCGAGCGUUUGUCUCCGUUCAAACACCGUCCUUGCUUGAUCAACAGCACCACAGGCCAGACAUUCACCUACGCCGACGUUGAACUUUUUGCCAGAAAAGUCGCCUCCGGUCUCUACAACCUUGGCGUCGGUCAUGGCCACGUCAUCAUGCUCCUCCUUCUGAACUCUCCCCAUUUCGUCUUCUCCUUCCUCGGAGCCUCCUACCUCGGAGCCAUCGUCACUACCGCCAACCCAUUUUACACCAUAGCAGAGGUCGCCAAGCAAGCCACCGCUUCUAAUACCAGCCUGAUAAUCACGCAUGCGUCCUUUGUCGACAAGGUUAAGGAUCUUGCAACAGUCAACAGCGUUAAAGUGGUGCUCAUCGAUGAUGAAAUAUCACCCUUGUCGGUGGAUACGGCUGACCAUUUCGUACGUUUCUCAUAUUUAAUGAACGCCGACGAGAAUGAGAUCCCGCCGGUGACGAUCUCUACAGAAGACGUCGUCGCGCUGCCUUAUUCAUCAGGAACCACAGGGCCUCCCAAAGGAGUUAUGCUAACCCACAAAAGUCUAGUCACAAAUGUGGCUCAACUGGUUGAUGGAGAAAAUCCUAAUCUGUAUUUUCACAAGGAGGAUGUGAUCGCGUGCGUUUGUCCUCUGUUUCACAGUUAUUCUCUGUUCACUAUUCUACUCACUGGGCUUCGAGUCGGUGCUGCGACAUUGAUCAUACACAAGUUUGAGAUAGAGACGAUGUUAGCGUUGGUCCAAAAACACAAAGUGACCGUUGCGCCGUUCGUGCCACCCAUUUUGCAGGCCAUUGUCAAAUUCCAAAACCUGCAAGAAUACGACCUGUCGUCGAUUAGGAUGAUCAUGUGCGGGGCAGCCCCAUUGAAGAAAGAGCUCGAGGAUGCUGUGAGGGCCAAGAUUCCCAAUGCCACUCUUGGACAGGCAUAUGGGAUGACGGAGGCUGGUCCUGCGGUGUCAAUGAGCUUAGCUUUUGGGAAAGAGGCGUUCGAGGUGAAAUCAGGUGGGUGCGGGACCAUCGUAAGAAAUGCUGAGAUGAAGAUCGUUGAUCCUGACACCGGCAUAUCCCUUCGCCGGAAUCAAGUCGGCGAGAUCUGCAUUAAAGGCAACCAGAUUAUGAAAGGUUAUCUAAACGAUGCAGAAGCAACAGAGAGAACGAUAGACGAAAGAGGAUGGCUGCACAGUGGUGAUAUUGGAUAUGUAGACGAUGACGACGAGCUGUUCAUUGUGGAUCGCUUGAAGGAAAUGAUCAAAUACAAAGGCUUCCAAGUGGCUCCUGCUGAACUCGAGGCUCUUCUCAUCUCUCAUCCUUUCAUUUCUGAUGCCGCUCUUGUUCCGAUGAAAGAUGAAGUUGCAGGAGAGGUUCCUGUGGCAUUUGUUGUAAAAUCGCAAGGUUUUAACAUCUCAGCAGAUGAAAUCAUGGAGUACAUCUCCAGCAAGGUGGUGUACUACAAGAGAAUCAAGAGGGUUUUCUUCGUGGGCUCAAUUCCAAGGACACCCUCCGGCAAGAUUCUGCGCAAAGACCUGAGAGCAAGGCUCUCCUGCGGGUGACGCCUGCUGGGCCCAACGUUAAAGGCCCUUCAAGUAUGGAGGCCCAUUUUGAUAGGCCCAUUUAACUUUUUCACAAAAGGUUGAUGUGUGUCUCUUAACAAAAAAGCUAAAAAUACAAGUAGGACAGGGUCCUCCCUCACUCCCUGAGGACCCUUGUGAUGGGGAAAGGAGUCCCUCUCCUUCUUUUCGCACUUUGUC